CAAUCCGAUGAUCAGUAUAGAACAAGACUAUGUAACGGGACUCGAAGAGAGUAUAAAAACAUUAUGAACGAAGGAUUUUAAAGAAUAUUUCGAUUUCUUUCAUUUUUUCUCUUUUAAUUAUCAGCCGCGCUCUACAUGAUAAUUAAUAGCAAAAUAACAAUAAAUUAUAUGAGUAAAAACAAGGAUUUAAAAUUUAUUCCUAACAGAUUAUUCUACUCAUAAAAAGCAGUAGCUUAAAAUUAAUAAUUGAAUGAUCAUUGUUUCUGUUUUUAGGAUUUAGAAAUGAAAAGCAUUGGUCUUCCCUAUGAAAAGCUUCAUACAAGUCCAAGUACGAUUACACUAACGGCCCCGAACUCAAAAUAUUCUAAAACAAAUAUCGUUACACCCCUUGAACAAACACCAAACGGAACCUCAAAUCAAAUUAGUUCUUCUCAAAAUAAUACAGCAGUCACAUCAUUAGCAUUCACAGGCGUUGAUGAUAAAAACGAUGAAUCGCAUAUCGAUUAA